AUGUCAGCUGUCAACGACACCAAAUCCAACUCUGUGGUGUUCUUUCUCACUGGGAUAACUGGGCAGGAAGAUAUCUAUCUCUGGAUCUCUAUCCCCUUCUGUUUAAUGUAUGUUAUUUCAAUACUAGGCAAUUCCGUCAUUCUGUUCAUUAUAAAAGCAGACACAAGCCUCCAUGAACCCAUGUACAUUUUCCUUUCCAUGUUGGCCAUCACAGACCUUGGCUUAUCAAUAGCCACUAUGCCAACAAUACUGGGCAUAUUUUUGUUUAACUCUAGGGAAAUCAACCUCAACACCUGUUUGGCCCAGCUUUUCUUCAUCCACACACUUUCGAAAAUUGAAUCAUCUGUGCUAUUGCUGAUGGCCUUUGACCGGUUUGUUGCCAUCUGUAACCCACUGAGAUAUGCUUCCAUCUUAACUCCGCCGAGAAUAACCGUGAUGGGACUGGCGUGUGUGCUAAGAUCGGUAACACUAAUAUUCCCACUCCCCCUUCUCCUGAAACGGUACCGAUACUGUCGAGCCAAUGUCCUUUCCCACUCCUACUGCCUGCACCAGGAGGUCAUGAUGAUGGCUUGUUCGGACAUCACCAUCAACAGCGUCUAUGGCUUGUGUGUUAAACUCUUGACAGUGGGGUUGGACUCAUUCCUUAUCUUUCUCUCUUAUGUGAUGAUCUUCAAAACCGUGCUGAGCGUUGCAUCCCACAUGGAGCGCCUCAAGGCCCUGAACACCUGCGUCUCCCACCUCUGCGCCGUCCUGCUCUUCUACACGGCAGACAUCGGCCUGGCUGUGACGCACAGAUACGGAAACAGCUCUUCUGACUGGUUUCAGAUUUUCCUGGGCUACAUCUACUUGCUGGUCCCUCCCCUGAUAAAUCCGAUAGUGUACAGUGUGAAGAGCAAACACCUGCGUGCAAAGAUCAUCAGGGCAUUUUUUAAAUGA